GCUAGGACUAUUACUAACUAAUAUUGUAGUUGUAGUGGUCUGGUCGUUCGGUCUGGAUGUAUGCACUCGGGGCCAUAGCGAGACGCCAUCUUCGGAGUGUCCCCGGACUCGGCCUCCAUCGAUUUCGACCGCGGUCGUCUAUCCCACAACUCUCCCUCUCUUCAAUGCAGCGCUCUCUCAACGGUAAUUUCUCGUCCACCGCCACCGCUAGAGUCGCACCUUCCUCUGAGCCACUGUCCGACAAGUAUGGCAACUUCGAUCUCAUAAAGCACAUCAACCUAGACUCGACCGACAUCUCGGUCUCCAAAUGGAAGAGCAGAGAAACAGGCCUCAGCGUCGUUCACCUUGAUUAUGAAGCACCUCUCGUCAAUGGCUACUUCGUCAUCGCUACAGAGAUCUUCAACGACAGCGGGUGUCCUCACACUCUGGAACAUCUUGUAUUCAUGGGCUCGGAAAAGUACCCAUACAAGGGGAUCAUAGACCACCUUGCCAAUCGUGGUUUCUCUAACGGUACAAAUGCUUGGACAGACAAUGACCACACUGCGUACACCGCGUCUACGGCUGGUGACCAGGGAUUCCUUCAACUCUUGCCUAUUUAUCUAGAUCACAUUCUCUAUCCCACCAUGACCAAGGCUUCCUUCAUAACCGAGGUACAUCACGUUAACGGUGAGGGAGAGAACUCCGGUGUCGUUUACAGCGAGAUGCAAGGCCGAGAGAACACUCCCGGUGAUCUCAUGGCUCUUCGGUCCCAGCGUACUCUGUAUCCUCCAGGCAGUGCAUAUCGCAGCGAAACGGGUGGUCUUAUGGAAGCGUUGCGGAAACUUUCGGUCGAGCAAAUUCGUGAUUAUCAUGGGACAUACUACGUUCCUCACAAUCUGUCCUUAGUUGUGGCAGGGAAGAUGUCUAACGGUACCCAGUCCUUGCUCAAAGUUGUUCAGGAGCAAGUCGAGCCCAUCAUCGUCGCCCACAAUCAAAACAAGGGUUCUCGUCCGAAAGGUUGGCAGCGUCCCUUCACGGAAACGGCCAGCGCAAGGCGCGGGCCCAUUGAAAAGAUAACCAAGGAAACUAUCGAAUUUCCCGAACAGGACGAGAGUGUUGGUGAAUUGCUCGUUACAUACACUGGUCCAUCGCCAACGGCAUUUCUGGAGAGGAAGGCCCUUGACAUCCUGUCAACGUACCUGACUUCUUCCCCUGUUGCUCCUCUGAACAAGGAAUACGUCGAAAUCGAGUCGCCUCUAUGCUCUUACAUCUACCUGAGCGAAGACACGAGAGCUACCCUGGUUGAUUUGCCUAUAUAUGUUGGCUCCGUGCCGACUGAACACCUUGACAAUUUCGACGAAAAGCUAGUAGCAAGUUUCGGCAGGAUCGCUAAGGAGGGUAUUGAUAUGACCAGAAUGUCCAUGGUUCUCAAUCGCGAUGAGCGUCAGCUUCGUAGCAAACUGGAGUCUUCGAAAGGCGAUACGUUCUCCGGGUCCAUCAUCACUGAUUUCCUGUACGGUGCUGAAGAUGGUUCUGAUCUUGGCCCUUCUUUGAACGAACUUCAAUACUAUGCCGAGCUGCGACAAUGGUCUGAGAAGCAAUGGGUUGAUCUCUUGAAGCGAUAUUUCGUGGACCCUCCCUACAUUGUCGUCAUCGGGAAACCCUCUUCUAAGCUGGCAGAGAAACUGGAGGCGGAGGAGAAAGCGCGGCUUGCCAAGCAGCGGGAGAGCCUCGGACCUUCCGGUAUCGCUAAAGCCAAAGAGGAGCUCGAGGCCGCUAAGUUGGAGCACGAGAAGCCCAUCCCAACGGAUAUCCUGAAGUCCUUCCCGGUCCCUGACGUUAAGAGCAUAUCUUGGAUACCUGUUCAGAGCGUUCAGCAGCGAGGGAAGGGCCGUAAUCAGCUUGACUCUACUGGGGCGUCUGAGCUAGCCUCCCAUAUCGAAAUGGACGGGUCUCCGCUACCCUUUUUCAUUGAAUACGACCACGUCAAGUCUAAUUUCGUUGGUGUUCAUGCUACUUUCUCGUUGGCGAAUCUACCCGAUAGGCUGCGUCCGUACAUAUCAACAUACCUGUCCGCGUUCUUCUCUUUGCCCGUGGUACGCAAGUCAGGGGAACGCCUGUCUCAUGAACAAGUUAUCAACAAACUUGAUGAUGAGACUGUCUCUUAUGAGGCCUCACUGGGUAUCUCAGAUCAAAUCCCCGAAACACUCCACAUAUUCCUUCAAGUUGAAGCAUCGGCAUAUGAAUCCGCUAUUUCCUGGCUUCGGGAUUUGAUGUAUGGGGCCGAGUUUGACAAAGAAAGACUUCUUGUCACUGUUGCCAAGCUCCUACAGUCUCUCCCGGAACUGAAGCGUGAUGGUAACACAGUCCUGGCAUCCGUCUGGUCGGAGAACCUGUACGAUAAGAACUCGACAUCUAGGGCAAGUGCACCUCUUCCACAGGCAGAGUUCAUUCCCCAGCUCGUCGAAGCGCUGAAUGAACGGCCGGAAGAAGUUAUCGCUGACUUCAAAUCAAUACGCAAACAUCUGACAGAUCCCAGCGGUGUGCGCAUCGGUGUCACUGGCGAUAUCUUGAGCCUGCCCAGUCCUCGAAGCACAUGGGCCAAAUACUUCAGGGACUUGUUGCCGGAGGCGGAGCUCGCUCCUGUACGGAUGACGAGCGAAACGUUGAGUGAGAUGGGCAAGAAACCAUGUGGACAGGCGACUGUCGUCAGUCUGGCAUCCAUCGAGAGCACAUACGCCAAUCACACAACGGGAAGCAUCCAAGGGUUCAAUGAUCCCGAGUAUCCUGCAUUACGCAUCGCCUUGGAAGUCCUUAACGCAGCAGAGAGUUUCCUAUGGCGCUCAAUUCGUGGCUCAGGUCUGGCAUACGGUGCCUACAUGUCUCCGGAUCGGGAGUCUGGUCUUCUGACGUUCAAUUUAUAUCGAAGCUCGAACAGCAUGCAAGCGUAUGAAGAGGCUUACACGGUCGUGAAAGGCCUCACGGAUGGCUCGAUUGAACUGGACGAGACAUCCUUGGAUGCCGCAAAGAGUAGCAUUGUCUACGACGUCGCUAAAAAUGUUGCGUCUCCAAAUCGGGCCGCCCUCAACUCGUUCCUCAAUCAAGCACUGAAGGGCGUUUCAAAGAACUUCAACCAGGAACUUCUAGAGAAAUAUCAGACCGUCACCAAGGCGGAUGUCCUGGUGGCACUCAAGAAAUACGUCCUGCCUGUGUUUGACCCAUCUUCUUCGACCGUCGUGGCUGUUACGGCUCCAUCCAAGGUAGACCAAAUUGUGGAAAGCCUGACCGCUCGGGGUUUCAAGGUCGAAAAAAGGACACUGGAGGUGGAAGACGGUUCGGAGGAUGGCUCUGAGUCUAGCAGUAGUGGGAGUAGCUCGGAGAGUGCUUAAUUCUUACAUCUCAUCUCAACUCUACAUGACGCAUCAACUUAGCAUAGACACACCGCAAUCUAAUCCGUAUAUACUGCAGCAACUAAGUCACAUUUUACCGACGCUAUCAAGAAA